ACAAGUAGAGUUUUCUCAGCUGCCAUGCAAGAAUUAACCCCACUAGAGAAUUAGCUUGCUCCGACGGCUGAAGAAGUGAAAGACUUCCGAUUAUCUGCUUGACUUUGAAUUGGCAACUUGAGGUGAAGCUACUUUUCUGACGAUGAGGACAAGAAACUGGCUUUUUACGUCCACAUAGGCUGUCUGCGGGUCGGGUGUUAAACACGGGUGAACUCUGCCUGAGUCGACUAGAACAACCUGUUCUUGUUCGAUUCAACCAUGGACGCAGUUGUACAAUUCACAAGCCAAAGCCAGGGACGAGACCGUAUAUUCAGAGCAACCCAGUAUGCAUGUGUACUGUCGAUAUAUCUACUUCGAAACAAAAUCGAAAGAAAGGAGCUUUUGGCAAAACUGAAAAGUUUGGAAGCAGCAAUGAGCGCAGGACGAAAAUUGUUCAGGCUGGGAAACACAAUAAAUUCCAUUGAGGCUGCUAAGCGAACCAUGCAGCUCUCUGAUCGAGUGCUGCGCCUGUGCCUCACCGCGGCCAACAUGACCCGCGCCCUCUACUUUGUCUGUGACAAUGCACUGUGGGCCAGAAAUGUCGGCCUGAUCCGCGAUAUCAACAAGGAACGCUGGAGCCUAAACGCCUCUCGCUGCUACUUCGCCUCGCUAGUGAUGAGUCUGAGCCGAGAUGUUUACGUGAUCCUCCAGUUGAUGUCGCAGAGAGCGAGGGACAGACACUUCAGAGAGAAAAUGGACGCGCAUCUCAACGAGAAUCCCGAGGUAGCUGGUGUGGUCAUCCCUCAGCUGGAUGCGUUCCUCUUCCUGCUGCUGGAGAUCAUCAAAUCCCAGCCGGCGGUUGCCUUGGACACGUUGAAGAACAUAUGUGAUCUCUUCAUUCCCUUAGACAGGCUGGGGAUAUACCGGUCCAAUGCAGGAGUGGUUGGGUUCUGUGGACUGAUAUCCUCCCUGAUUGGCAUUGUAACCCUCGCACAGCCCAAGUUUAGACUCAAACCAUGAUAACCAGGAUGAAGAGGACCAACUGCAGAUAAAAAAAGGGCUUAGAGCUACAGCUUUUAUAAAGGAUUUGUAGCUUGACCUGUAAAGUUGAACCUAGGUCACCGUGGUCCACCGAGAGUCCCACAUAUGACCGACAUAUGAUAGCAGAAAAUCAUGCUUUCUACAGAUUGUAGGAGGCAUAACAGAAAGUUACCAAAAGUACCAAAGUUUUCAUGGUACAGAUUUUUAAUAUGCUAAUAAACUCAUACACUUAAAAAAGAAACUACUUGACAUUUAACAGUGACAAGUUUAAGUCUAAGGGCGCGAUCACACUGGCAAUCGGUACUUUUUCUAAGCUCAUCCCUAAAGUCCAGUUCGCCCUGGCACGCUUCAGAGAGGUGUGCUGCCCCAAAGCACUGAUUUUAAAAGGGAGCAGAUCAACCUUUAUAUAAUGGUUUUUUAAAUAUUUUUAUUUAAUGAGCCUUUUAGACUUCAUCUUUGUGCAUUCCAGUCUUCUCCAACACAUCCCACACUACUGUAGUUUAAAAAAAAAAAAAGGAUCCCUUACUGAUGCUUUUGUACCCGUCUUUUCUGAAACAUUCGACUUUAAUCUGAGUCCUCUGUCUUUCUCUACUCUCUGUUUUAUCAGAUGCUGCUAAAGGAUUUACCUCCUAGAAUCUAGUGAAGAAUAAGCUGCCUCUCAGCCUAAAAGGUUGCUUCCAGAGGGGAAAAUCAGAGGUGAAAUUUCAGGAGUUUACUAUCUCACCUGCGAUUCAGUUUUUUAUUCUGCCAUUCAUAGGACGACCUGACUCUUUAUGGUCAACAGAUUGUAUUUAAUGUUAACUUAAAAGAACAAAAUUGAGCCUGAAAAAACAAACAAAUGAAGCUAAAUGUUUUACUUCUUUGAAAAUACACAAGAGAUUUGUAAUUAUGUCGACAGUUAAUAUAUGGGUUGGGAAUUGUUUUUUUGUGUGUGGUUUUUUUUAAUCUUUGUGACACAGACAUUAAAUAUUUAUUAGGAUAAAUCAGAAACAUUAGACUUCCUCUAGUCCUCUAAUAAAUAAAGUCCUGAAAGCUGCAGGUGAACAGGUAAUUAAUAAGCACAUGUAGUUAAAGUGAGAGAUAAAAUGACUAAAUGUUUGAAAUGUAAUAAAACACUGUAAGGUGAUUUGACACUGUUUGAAAGGUAAACCUCAAGUUUGUAAACACUGCUUCUAAUCAUUGACUGACUCUGAGUUGUAGUGUAAAAAUGUAACACAGCCGUGGUUCAUUCAUAAACAGAGUAACAUUGCUCUCCCAGGGAAACAUGACACAUUCAUGAAUUGAAAAGAGCUUUAUUUGACCAAUUAUACUGAGACGACAAUACACUUUAAUUCUCUGAAAGCUUUUCUCAAGGGGAUGUUGUUGUGAUAAGCAUCCACCAAUAAAAAUGGCAAAAA